AUGAUCCGCGCAGAUACAUCUCCCCCGCCUGCAGCCAGUGCCAGCACCACAGCAACCGGCCUGUCAGCGGCAGCCAUCGCUGGCAUCGUGGCAGCAGCAGUCCUGCUGCUCAUGCUGCUCAUCGCCGCAGCUUGGUGGACCCUCACUCGCUCUCGCCGCGGCACGCCAGCCACAGAAAUACUAGUGCGGAGUAGAAGGCCACAAGAAAGAAGCCCCCCUCUCUCCCUCCCUCCCUUCCUAUUUCUCUCCCUCCCUUCGUAUUUCUCUCCCUCCCUUCCCUAUUUCUCUCCCUCCCUUCCUAUUUGUCUCACUCCCUUCCCUAUUUCUCUCCCUCCCUUCCCUAUUUCUCUCCCUCUUUCCUGCCCUCCAUGCCUUCACCCCUGUGCACCCCUGUGCAUGUCUUCACCCCUGUGCACCCCUGUGCAUGUCUUCACCCCUGUGCACCCCUGUGCAUGUCUUCACCCCUCUGCACCCCUGUGCACCCCUUCACCCCUCUGCACCCCUGUGCACCCCUUCACCCCUCUGCAUCCCUGUGCACCCCUUCACCCCUGUGCAGCUCCAUGGGUUGCGGGCGCGCCCAGCAGCACCACGGCAUUCCAGCAGUUCCCCCUCGACGCAAUGGCCACGAAGCACCACCCCAACUUGGUGCGCCUGCUGGGGUUCGCAGUGGGAGGCGACAUGCACACGCGAGUGGAGAACGUGCUCGUCUACGAGUUCAUUGCCAACGGGGACCUCCAGCGCUGGAUGGGGCCAGGUGCAAGCAGCGGCAGGACUGACAAGGGCAGUCAGUGCGCCAUGCAGAUCUACCCCUCUCGAGCUCCGAUCUUCUCCUCCCGAGCUCAGAUCUACUCCUCCCGAGCUCACAUCUCCUCCUCCCGAGCUCCGAUCUACUCCUCCCCAGCUCAGAUCUACUCCUCCCCAGCUCAGAUCUACUCCUCCCCAGCUCAGAUCUACUCCUCCCCAGCUCAGAUCUACUCCUCCCCAGCUCAGAUCUACUCCUCCCCAGCUCAGAUCUACUCCUCCCCAGCUCAGAUCUACUCCUCCCGAGCUCAGAUCUACUCCUCCCGAGCUCAGAUCUACUCCUCCCGAGCUCAGAUCUACUCCUCCCCAGCUCAGAUCUACUCCUCCCGAGCUCAGAUCUACUCUUCCCGAGCUCAGAUCUACUCCUCCCCAGCUCAGAUCUACUCCUCCCGAGCUCAGAUCUACUCCUCCCGAGCUCAGAUCUACUCCUCCCCAGCUCAGAUCUACUCCUCCCGAGCUCAGAUCUACUCCUCCCCAGCUCAGAUCUACUCCUCCCGAACUCAGAUCUACUCCUCCCGAGCUCACAUCUCCUCCUCCCGAGCUCAGAUCUACUCCUCCCGCGCCCUGCUCUACUCCUCCUGCCCUCAGAUCUGCGCAUUUCGCGCUCAGAUCUGCACAUUCCGCACUCAGAUCUACUCUCCCGCGCCCAAAUCUGCAUUCCGCGUGCUCAGAUCUGCAACUCGCACGCCCUUGCUAGUCCGACCGCGCGCCCUGGUCGUCCGCGCCCUGCCCGUCCGCGCGCUCUGCUCGUCCGCCCUUCGCGUCCCCGCCCUGCCCGUCCGCACGCCCUGCUCGUCCGCGCCCUGCCCGUCCGCACGCCCUGCUCAUCCGCCCUUCGCGUCCGCGCCCUGCCCGUCCGCGCGCCCUAGUCAUCCGCACCCUGGCCGUCCGCGCGCCCUAGUCAUCCGCACCCUGGCCGUCCGCGCGCCCUGUUCGUCUGCACGCCCUGCUCGUCCGCGCUCCGGUCGUCCACGCUCUCCCCGUCCGCGCACUCGUUGCACGCCCUCCUUCCCCGCUCGCUGUCCCCCUCCCCUCCAGUGGUACCGGUGGGCAUGGAGGAGGGCAUAG